AUGUAUCAUGGAAUGGUUGGAUCUCUACUUUAUCUCACUGCAAGCAGACCAGAUAUCAUGUUUAGUGUAUGCAAAUGUGCCCGUUUUCAAGCUACUCCAAAAGAAUCUUACCUCACUGCAGUAAAGCGAAUCAUCUGCUAUCUGAUUGGAACUACUGAACUAGGGCUAUGGUAUCCUUAUUCUUCUCAUUUUAAUUUAAUUGGAUAUUCAAAUGCUGACUUUACAGGUGAUAAAAAUGAUAGAAAAAACACUAGUGGUACCUGCCAAAUUAUGGGUCAAUCCCUAAUUUCAUGGCAUAGCAAAAAGCAAACAUUUGUCGCUUAUCCACCACGGAAUCAGAAUAUCUUGCGGUGGGAAGUUGUGGGUUCCCCCGACGUUCUCUCUUUGUCCUCUGAUUCAUUUUAUGAAUCACUUGCUUCCCUUCCCAUGUCUUCUAAGCGUAAACUCUCUGCAGCAAAGACGAAGGAUGUGAAGAAAGCUAAACCUAGCUCAUCUGGAUCUCUUUCUCCCAAGGACAUGCAUCGCUUCUGGGGCAUGGAACAAAAGAACAGGUAUGAAAGGUUUAAGUCUCGACCCAUUGUUCCUGGCAGGGUGGUAAAUCUCAGUCAGUUGCAGACUCAAAAUGUCUGGUAA